AUUGUUUUCGCUGACAGAUAGAAGCAGAUUUUACAGAGAGAGAGAGAGAGAGAGGCGUAUGGUUUUAGGGACUGUUGGAUCUAUUUUUAUUUUUUAUUUUUUGCGGUUUUAAUUCAAUUUCAUCUGCCUGGGGUUGAUCUAGGCGAGCCGUGGAGCGGUGCGAAUUCUUUGUGAUCUCGCCGGGGACGUGCGCCUAUCGAAGGAUUCCGAUCAUCUGAGGCACUUCCAGGGAUUAAAUUCGAAGUAAGCAUGGUGAAUUCCAUGGUCGAGCGGGCCACUAGCGAUAUGCUCAUCGGUCCAGAUUGGGCCAUGAACAUCGAGAUUUGUGACAUGUUGAAUCGCGAUCCUUCUAGCGUUGGAUUUCCUGUUGGGACGUCAUUACGGUAUUUCAAUGACAACUUUUUGGUCUAGUUGGUUUAUUUACGUACCUUUACCCGGAAGCUCUUGUCUGUCUGUGCCCCUGUUCUUGCUUGCCGGUCUUGUUAACUUCAAAGCUUUAAGUGGUAUUGUGAAGUGGGAAGCAUAUGGUGAGAUGCUGAUGAGUUGCUGUUGUUGAAUUUUGAGUACUCAAGUUCGCAGUUUCGUCUGCAAGGCAAGCUAAAGACGUUGUAAAAGGCAUAAAGAAGCGACUUGGAAGCAAGAAUUCAAAAGUUCAACUUCUUGCUCUAACACUGUUGGAGACAAUUAUAAAGAAUUGUGGGGAGAUUGUCCAUAUGCAUGUUGCAGAGAGAGAUGUGCUUCAUGAGAUGGUGAAGAUAGCAAAGAAGAAGACUGACUUCCAUGUCAAAGAGAAGAUAUUGAUUCUAAUCGAUACUUGGCAAGAAGCUUUUGGAGGACCAAGGGCUAGAUAUCCACAAUUUUAUACGGCAUACCAGGAGUUAUUGCGCAUGGGGGCAGUAUUUCCUCAGAGAACUGAAAGGUCUGCGCCUGUAUUUACACCACUACAAACACAGCCUCUAACAACAUAUCCACAAAAUAUUCGUAACCCAGAUUAUCAACAAGAAGCUGGUGAGUCUUCUGCAGAGGCUGAGUUUCCAACUCUGAGCUUGUCAGAAAUUCAAAAUGCUCGAGGUAUUAUGGAUGUCCUUGCAGAAAUGCUGAAUGCAUUAGACCCGAGCAACAAAGAGGGGCUUAGGCAGGAGGUUAUUAUUGACUUGGUUGAACAAUGCCGCACAUACAAGCAAAGGGUGGUGCACCUUGUUAACUCAACUUCGGAUGAGUCAUUACUUUGUCAAGGACUUGCAUUGAAUGAUGACUUGCAGCGUCUACUAGCCAAGCAUGAAACCCUUGCUUCUGGGACUCAUGUCCAAACAGAAAAAACAAAGCCUGAACCUGUUCGGGCAUUGGUGAAACCAGACACUCCUCUAAUUGAUACGGGAGACAACAAACCAUCUAAUGCGGGGUCCAGUUCCAACACUGGUGCAGGGACACAGCGCCAGCUUCCUGCUCCUCCUGCCACUAAUGGUCUGGCAACUACUCCAAGCAAAGUUGAUCCUAAAAUGGACCUGCUGAGUGGGGAUGACUUCAACUCACCUUCAGCAGAGAAUACGCUAGCAAUCAUUCCUGUGGGCGAGCCCCAGCCAACUACUCCUGUAGCUAAUCAGCAGAAUGCCCUUGCUCUAGUAGACAUGUUUUCUCAAAGUAACAAUAAUCAGCCAGUUUCUCCUGUAGGACAAGCAGACCUGAUGGCGCAAUAUCAGCAACAGCAGAAUUUUCAAUCCCCACAGGCAGUUCACCCUAAUGGGAUUAGCCCAAACAUGAUGGUACCUCAGUAUGAGCAAUCACUAUAUGCACAAGGAACUAAUACUGCCUGGAAUGGACCGAUUUCCCCCAGGCAGCAGCCACCUUCACCUGUCUAUGGUGCUCAGAGCAGUUCACUGCCGCCGCCACCUUGGGAAGUUCAGGUGACAGAAACUAGCCAACUAGAAGGUGGCCAAUAUCCUCAAGCAAUGCAGGUCAGUCAGGUGGUUGUCACAGUUUCCCAUCCCAUGACAAGUGGCAUGCAUCCAGGAUCGCCUAUGGGAAAUUAUCAGGCUGUUGGUAUGUAUGGUCAGCCAGUUACAGGCAGCCCUCUCCCGCCAUUGCAUAACCAGGCCGUGCCCAUGCAGAACAAUCAGCAGCUGGUCGGGAUGCAACCUCAACCAAUCCAGAGCAAUCAGCAGCUGGUUGGGAUUCAACCUCAACCGAUCCAAAACAAUCAGUUUGGGAUGCAACCUCAAGCAAUCCAGGGAGGGCAGUCAAUGGGUGUGUAUCCACAGCCAAUGCAACCUGGGCAGAUGGCUUUUAUGUAUCCUCCACAGAUGUACGGCAACCAAAUGGCAGGAUAUGGGCAUGGAUACGGAUACGGUCAACAACAAAACACCCAGUUCCUCGACCAGAGAAUGUCGGGGCUAUCUGUUAGGGACGAUGUUGCCUUGAGAAAUUCCUCUUAUCAGCCAUCUAUUACAUCCUACACUCUAUCUGGAAAGCCCUCAAAGCCAGAGGAUAAGCUGUUUGGGGACCUUGUCGACAUUUCAAAAUUUAAGCCAACAAAAACUGCUGCUGGUAGAGCUGAAAGCAUGUGAAAUAGCACCUGGAUUUGAGUUUGUCACUUCCUCUUUUUUUUUUUUUUUUUUGCUAAUUAGUUUUGUUAAUCUGCCUUUCUCUUUGACUUUCAUUAUACAUAACGCAUUCUUCACCUUUGCCUCAGAAUCGUGUUGCUUGUUUAAUUGAACCUUGUACAUUCCUUGGAGGAAAAAAAAAAAAGUUGGGUUAUUUCCGUCCUUGGUUGAAUUUGAAUUUGGAAGCCCCUUUGUGACAUAUCCGGUCCUCAUAAAAAUUUGAGUACAGAAUCAGAUGCACUGUUCUUCUCUUUCAACUGUAGGGGCUCAAAAUAGGUAGGUUUGGUCUUCAUGUGAUUGGAGGUUUGAUUGGCCGUACUUGUAGCAAAUUUUUCAUAGUGAUAUUUUAUUAAUUGUGAGUUCUUUGAUCCUUUUUA